AUGGUUUCUACAGUGGAAUUACCCUGGCAGUUCUCAGAUAUUAUAAAAACUAAUAACAGUUCAAUAUCCAAUUAUGACAAAAACCAAAAAGGUUUGUAGAUUGUUUACUAGGAUGCAAACAGUUUGUAAGUUACAUAAAAUUAUUUAAAUUUUUCUUAAUUAUUAAAAAAAUCCUUUAUUUUAGAUAUGGUUAUACUACUAUGUAUGAUUACUUGGCCAAAUAUGGGUUUCACUGCUAUUCUGGAGUGCAGACUAUAUAACUGAUUUAUUAAAAUAAUAUAUGGAUAAAAAAUCAGAUACCGAUCAUUACACGAUAAUCAUGAUGACUUACUGUAUUUACUGGAGAAGCUUAUUCUACUGGUUGGCAAAAUUUCUUAAACUUAAUGCUUAUUUACAGAAUAAAGAAAAAAAGAAGCAUGUUGUAUAUUAUACUACACUAA